AUGAGUGUUGUGAAGUCCAGUCUGUCAGUAGAACAGGAGAAGAAGCUGCUGUCUCUGUUCGGCCAUGUCAGACUCCACCUGCUCUACAAAGUUUUCGUCCAUGGCUACAUGAAUAUAGCCUUCCACUGCCGCUGUGAUGGCCAGGGACCCACCGUACUUGUGGCCUACAACAAGGCUGGGUUUGUUUUCGGAGGUUACAUCAGUAAGGACUACGCCCAGACUGGACAGGUGAUCAAUGAUGAUAAGGCCUUUCUCUACAGCAUCACUGACCAGAGAGAAAAGCCACUGCGUGUGUCCAGUACCGAUGACCAGUAUGGUUUCACAGAUGGAGCCUAUGGUCUUAAUGUUGGUGCCUUGUGGUUCCUUAAUAAUAACACCGCUACAGUUCAAAUUGUUGCAGGGAACAGCUACACCUUUGAAGGGGAAGAGAUGCAUGGCAAUGACCUGCAGCUGACAGAGUGUGAGGUGUACAGAGUGGAAGAGUAUGGAGGCCUUCGGGAGACUCCCUGGAGGAAAAUUGACUUGGAAGGAUAUGGCACCAAGGACUGCCUGAUGGACUAUAUCAAGAACUAUAAGCCUGAGGUAAAGUCUGUGGUCCAGGCCAGAGUUCUACUGGUGGGUCCGGUCGGGGCUGGCAAGUCCAGCUUCUUCAACUCCAUCAACUCUGUCUUCAAAGGACAUGUUACCGGGCAGGCUAACACCGGCAGUGCUGGCACCAGCCUCACCACACAGUUCCGUACCUACAGCAUCAAGGCAGAGCAGGGUGGGAAGGCUCUCCCUCUGGUCCUGUGUGACACCAUGGGCCUGGAGGAAGGACCCAGCGCAGGGCUGGAUAUAGACGACAUCAACAGUAUCCUGAAGGGCCAUGUACAGGACCGGUACCAGUUCAACCCGUCCAUGUCUGUCCAGACGGAUGGUGUCGGGUUCUGUAAGUCGCCCAGCCUGAAGGACACGAUCCACUGUGUGGUCUACGUACUGGACGCCUGCAAGGUCACUCUGCUCUCUGCCAAGAUGGUGGACAAGCUCGCCGCCAUCCGCAAGGGGAUCAACAAGCUGGGUAUUCCCCAGCUGGUCCUGCUUACUAAGGUGGAUGAGGCCUGUCCUCUAGUGAGAGAAGACCUGACCAACAUUUACCUCAGCCACUACAUAGAGAGGAUGACCCGCAAGGUGAGUGUGUGUCUGGGUGUGUCCCAGUCCUGUGUUCUGCCAGUGAAGAACUACAGUCGUGAGCUUGAGCUGGACAUCCACACAGACAUCCUCCUGCUCACUGCCGUGGUCCAGAUGCUUCGCUACACUGACGACUACUUUGAUGACAUCUAUCAGGCUGGGGACCAGAAGUCUGAGUGACUAGGGGUGUAUGUGUGGUACUGAUCUGAAGUCAGUUUUGGAUUUACCUUCUAAUGGGUACGCUUAGGAUUAGGGGGAAUACACUGAUCCUGGAUGUGUUUAAAUGGCAACUUUUAGUUAUCGCCUGCCACCUACUACCAUACCCUGUUCAUAGGCACUUCAGUCUUUUGUCUUG